CCGGGGCGCCUGCACCACCGCGAUGGCGGCCACCACCCUACUGCGCGCGACACCUCGCUUCAGCGGUCUCAGCACCGGCCCAGCUGCACUACUGCAGGGUUUGUUGCGGCCGCCAAAAGCCCCGGCGCUGUCCGUUUUGUGCCGCGGCCUCGCCGUCGAAGCCAAGAAGACCUACGUGCGCGACAAGCCCCAUGUGAACGUGGGCACCAUCGGCCAUGUGGACCACGGCAAGACCACGCUGACCGCGGCCAUCACCAAGAUUCUAGCAGAGGGUGGUGGAGCCAAGUUUAAGAAGUACGAGGAGAUUGACAAUGCCCCGGAAGAGCGGGCACGCGGGAUCACGAUCAAUGCGGCUCACGUGGAGUACAGCACGGCCGCCCGCCACUAUGCGCACACCGACUGCCCCGGGCACGCGGACUAUGUAAAGAAUAUGAUCACAGGCACAGCUCCCCUUGAUGGCUGCAUCUUGGUGGUGGCAGCCAAUGAUGGCCCCAUGCCCCAGACCCGAGAGCACUUACUUCUGGCCAGACAGAUUGGGGUGGAGCACAUUGUUGUGUAUGUGAACAAAGCAGAUGCUGUCCAAGACUCUGAGAUGGUCGAGCUUGUUGAAUUGGAAAUCCGGGAACUGCUCACUGAGUUUGGUUACAAAGGGGACGAGACUCCUGUUAUCGUAGGCUCUGCCCUCUGUGCCCUUGAGCAACGUGACCCUGAGCUAGGCCUGAAGUCAGUGCAGAAGCUGCUGGAUGCUGUGGACACUCACAUCCCAGUGCCCACUCGGGACUUGGAGAAGCCUUUCCUUCUACCUGUAGAGUCUGUUUAUUCGAUCCCUGGCCGAGGCACGGUAGUGACAGGUACGCUGGAGCGUGGCAUCUUGAAGAAGGGAGAAGAGUGUGAGUUCCUGGGACACAGCAAGAACAUUCGCACUGUGGUGACAGGCAUUGAGAUGUUCCAUAAGAGCCUGGACAGAGCAGAGGCAGGAGAUAAUCUUGGGGCCCUGGUACGAGGCUUGAAGAGGGAGGAUCUGAGGCGAGGCUUGGUCAUGGCCAAGCCAGGGUCUAUCCAGCCCCACCAGAAGGUUGAGGCCCAGGUUUACAUCCUUAGCAAAGAGGAAGGUGGCCGCCAUAAGCCUUUUGUAUCCCACUUCAUGCCUGUCAUGUUCUCCUUGACUUGGGACAUGGCCUGUCGUGUCAUCUUACCCCCUGGGAAGGAGCUUGCCAUGCCCGGAGAGGACCUGAAGCUCACCCUGGUUUUAAGACAGCCAAUGAUCUUGGAAAAGGGCCAGCGUUUCACCCUGCGAGACGGCAACCGGACCAUUGGCACUGGCCUUGUCAUUGACACACUAGCCUUAACUGAAGAGGAUAAGAACAUCAAGUGGAGUUGA